GGUCAAGUUUUGCACCUUCUCUAGUAAGUCCAACACAUACUGACUCAGACCUUUUAUGACUUAAUUGCAUAUUGGCUAUUUCAGUAACUUUAAAAGAAACAUUUUUUUUUGGAUGCGGUGUUUCUACAGGUUUGACAAAUGUUGUAUAUAUUUUUUGAGAAAGUAGUGGGUCCUAAACCACUGGUUGACAGUUAAGUAACAGCUGUGUAGAUAGAAAGGCCAUUAAGAGUCAAUCAUGCUGAGCCUGGAGCCCUGGACUGAGUCAAAAUGUUAGUGAGCUUUCCCUAAAGGGAUACCAGUGAACCAUUUUCGAUUAUUGAGACCUGAAAUAAGAACAGAAAAUGCUGCGUGUAAUCAGCGGGCCACACUGAAUCUGUGGAGAGAAAAACAGAGUUAAUGCUUCAGACUGAAGACUUUCAUCAGAAUUGGUGCUUGUGAUGGACUUACUUCCACGACAACAAAUUUAUAUUCUCUCAUUUGUAAAGGAAAAUUCAAAAGCUGAAAUAGCUUUUGAACUCUCGUUCAUAACCAGAUUCUUAAAAGAAAUCCUCUGGAUCAGUCUCGUCACACAGCACAUCACCAGUGACUCCACUGUUGGGAAGAGUGCACUGGUGCAUGCGUUUCGCAGUGAAAGUGCUCACUUUCUGAAGAAUUAUACUCUGACUACUGGAGUGGAAGUCUUUGUUAAUCCGGUACCCAUCCCAGACACUGCUGACUGCGUGGAACUCUUCUUGUUUGAUUCUUCAGGGAAAGAAAUCUUCUAUGACAUGGUGGAAAGCCAGUGGGAGCUUGUGGCUGCCAUUUGUCUUGUGUACGACAUCACCAGUGAGGCGUCCUUUAACAGUUGCACAAAGUGGUUGGAGAGGGCCCGAGCCCAGGCACCCAGUGGCCAGCUGGCAGGAGUUCUUGUGGGCAAUAAGACAGAUUUAGCAGGGAGGCGUACCGUAGAAUACAGCCAGGCGCAGGAAUGGGCAGCAGGCCAGGGCUUGGAAUACUUUGAGACCUCUGCGAAAGAGAUGGAGAACUGCGAUGCUCCAUUUCAGAGUCUUGCCAAAGCAUUUCAUCGCAUGUAUGAAGAGAAGCUAGAACACAUCCAGUCCAUCAUCUGACCCUCUCCCCUCACAGGCAGGCCCUGCAGAGGUUUUGCAUUAUAUCCAAAAACAUCCCUCCCCCAACUUCAAUCAUGAAGACAUAGCGACUCUUGCUUGUACCAGAGUGUAGUAUUCUGUGUUGACCCCUGUGUUUUCCAUUUCUCCUGUGACCCAUCCUACUUUGGUCUGAGCUGGGCCACAUUGUGUCCUUUUAUAUAGCUCUGUUUCCUUGUGUCUGUACAUUUGUCUGUCUGUUCUGCUUCUAAUCUCUGUACAAUAACCCUAGGUAACGGUGAGGUGAAAUUAGCCAGGCUUCAUACCCUCUCUGUGUCUAUGUCUCUGACACUGUUUCUUUGUCUCUCCUUUUCUCUCUCUCUCUCUCUCUCUCUCUACAUGCCCCAAUUAGUCAAACAGAAGAGCUAUCACAUGAUUCACUGCAACACCACACACACGGUGCUGCAUUUUAAGCAGCAGUUGGGGGUUGUAAAAGCUCCAAGCUUCACCUUGGGUGGAAACUGUUAGGGGUGCGGGUUGUGGAGAGGUGUGUGGGGUUAUUGUUACCACUGGGGAAGGGUUUCCUGUGAAGUAAUUCAGCUGAUAUGACAGCGAUUCCGUCUGUGUUCCGUGACCAAUACAGACAUUAGGUUGGCAGGCAGCAGUCUUCUGAUUCCCAAGACUCUGUGGGUCACAGAGUGGAGGGAGAGGACCACAUAUCCAUCAGUUGUUGCAUUGUAUUAGUUUUAAAGCUCCUGGCUCGGUUUUGUGGAGUAUCUUUUACACAGCCGUUUUAUUAAAAAGAAAAUCCACUUCA